AUGGGGUGGACACAGGGUGGACACGGGGUGGACAUGGGGUGGACAUGGGUGGAAUUGGAGAUGGACAUGGGUGGACACGAGGUGGAUUUGGGGUGGAUUUGGAGAUGGACACAAGGUGGACAUGGGGUGGACACAGGGUGGACACCAGGUGGACCCAGGUGGACAUGGGGUGGAUUUGGAGAUGGACAUGGGGUGGACCCAGGUGGACAUGGGGUGGAUUUGGAGAUGGACACGAGGUGGACACAGGGUGGAGACAAGGUGGACAUGGGGUGGAUUUGGAGAUGGACACGAGGUGGACGUGGGGUGGACACAGGGUGGACAUGGGUGGACACAAGGUGGAGGUGGGGUGGAAUUGGAGAUGGACACAAGGUGGACGUGGGGUGGAUUUGGAGAUGGACACAAGGUGGACAUGGGGUGGACAUGGGAUGGAUUUGGGGUGGACACGGGGUGGACAUGGGGUGGACACCAGGUGGGCAUGGGGUGGAUUUGGAGAUGGACAUGAGGUGGACAUGGGGUGGACACAGGGUGGAUUUGGAGAUGGACACAGGGUGGACGUGGGGUGGACAUGGGGUGGAUGUGGAGAUGGACACGAGGUGGACACAAGGUGGACAUGGGGUGGACGUGGGGUGGAAUUGGAGAUGGACACGAGGUGGACACAGGUGGACAUGGGAUGGACAUGGGGUGGACAUGGGUGGACACAGUGAAUUUGGAGAUGGACACAUUGUGGAUUUGGGGUGGAGGUGGGGUGGACACAGGGUGGACACGAGGUGGACACAGGGUGGACGUGGGGUGGAUUUGGAGAUGGACAUGGGGUGGACAUGGGUGGACACAAGGUGGAUGUGGGGUGGAAUUGGAGAUGGACACAAGGUGGACAUGGGGUGGACAUGGGGUGGAAUUGGGGUGGACGUGGGGUGGGCACAGAGUGGACACGCGGUGGACAUGGGGUGGAGGUGGGGUGGACAUGGGGUGGUGGACACAGGGUGGACACAGGGUGGACAUGGGGUGGAUUUGGAGAUGGACACAAGGUGGACACGAGGUGGACAUGGGGUGGACACAAGGUGGACAUGGGGUGGAUUUGGAGAUGGACAUGGGUGGACAUGAGGUGGACACAGAGUGGAUUUGGAGAUGGACACAAGGUGGACAUGGGGUGGAUUUGGGGUGGACACAAGGUGGACACAGGGUGGAGGUGGAGAUGGACAUGAGGUGGACACAGGGUGGACACGGGGUGGAUUUGGGGUGGACACAGGUGGACAUGGGUGGACACAGGGUGGACAUGGGGUGGACAUGGGUGGACACAGAGUGGAUUUGGAGAUGUACCCAUGGUGGACAUGGGGUGGAUUUGGGGUGGACACAAGGUGGACACGGUGUGGACAUGAAGUGGAUUUGGAGGUGGAUAUGAAGUGGACAUGAGGUGGACAUGGGGUGGACCCAUGGUGGACAUGGAGUGGACAUGGGUGGACACAGGGUGGAUUUGGAGAUGGACAUGGGGUGGAUUUGGGGUGGACAUGGGUGGACACAAGGUGGACA